CGGAAGCCCACAAACGGUUCCAUUUUUGAAUGACAGUUACACUACGUGACCCUGACCGUUUCAUGAAUUUCAACGACUAAGAGAGGAGAUGGCCAACCGCUUCCACUGCAUGGAAUUUGCCGAGCCAGCACGAGCAGGUCAUCGCAUGAGACGUCAAGAGUCGUCCGUCUGAGUGUGCUGCAGCUAGUCAGUGCCAGUUUUGUGCUUCUUGGCGCUUUUGUCGUCUGUUGCGCUGCAUCGAGAGCUCUUUUUCUUAGCCUUUUUGUGCUUCUGGGCUUUCUUGUUUGUCUUGCUCAUCGCAGUCAGCACUCCCACCAGACGGUUCUGGUACGCAAAAUGCUGCAACAUCGUGAUCGACGCUGCCGCAGCAUCUUGAACGGGAGCUGCCACGACCUUUUGACGGACGAUGGGAAAGCCAAGCGUAUUGACAGCACGGCGAAGGGCUUCGUGAGUCGGCAGAACGCCUGACGUGUCGAGGCUCAAGAGCACUGCCACCGUCGCCACACAGUCCGCCUUGACAGUCUGUUCUGAGCUAGCGUACAUGGCUUCUACCAACGACGAGCUGCUCUCCUUGGCAUCGUUCGACUCGUCCAGAUCCAGCACGAUGGACGGUGCCACCGCCGUCGCUACCCACGCUGCCAACGACGCAUCGUCGCUUGAUUUUUUCGAGCUGUCCACUUGAACUUGCUUGACGAUCGCAUCCAAGAUUUGAAACUCCGUCGGCGCGGCUUGGUGGUUUUCAGCCAUCGACGUUACGAGAGUCGCUUGCUCAAACGUGUGCCUGGAACCAUCGACCAGCAAGAACGUAAGCGACGUCGUCAAGGCCGGGCACGUCGAACUUGCCAUGUCGUGGUCGUGGGAAUGCGGUGUGUCGAGAUCUCCCGACCCGAUAGACGAACGCAUGUAGUGCGACCGCCACAAGGUCGCGACUGUUACUCGAACCAUGGCCCACAACGCCGACUGACGAUUUGCCAGAGCCGACGAGACGUCGUCUUGGCGGAGAGGAACAGAGCACAACACAUGCAUAUGGGUUCGCAAACACGUCGGUGUAGUGGCGGCGGAGAGGACAGCGGCGUUCGGGCUGGCUGACGGUGCCGCGAUUUUACUUUGGUGGACGAGAGCAGGACCAAGGACCCCUUGGGCGUGAUGAAAUGCAACCACCGACAGGAUUUUGCUGGUGAAUUCCGGCACAGCGCCAAGGCGGAUGCCAGUCAAUGGAACUUUUUGAGCGGCGCAGACGCGGCGCAGCGUUGCGUUUUCGAAAGGAUGCAUGUCUCGGACGGCGCCAAGAAAGAGAACGACGUGGAGGUUCGGGUCACCCGCGGGGAGCGCGGGCGGGUCGAAGCACGGCAGCUCCGACUCGCACGACUCAUGAAGGUCUGUGAAAAUGGAUUCGAGUGGAGACGUCGAUGAAGUGGCGCGCGACGGCUUGUGCGCCGAUGUCCACUGAUGCCAUACUUGAACGAGCGACUUUUUGUUGGUCUUUCGCAAGACAACGUCGGGCUUGCUGUUGAGGCCAUUCUGGCGAAGAAAUUCGAUGGAGCAAUGCGCUUGGAUGUGUUCCAGAACUUGCCUCUUGCUGUCCAUGUGCUGAACGGCCGACGCGGCGGACGUGGACGCUCCAGUCUCUUGCACCCGCUCGACUCGACACGCCCAUGGCGAAUCAUACCGGUCCUUUGACACCGACGACGCAGAUGCCUUCCACGCAGAUACGACGUUUUGUUCCGUUGGAAGCACGCGGCACGACAAUGGGUUGGUCACACUCAUGUGGAUGCGGGCAAAGUCUUCGUCGUGAAGGAGGACAAGUUCCCGGCUGCUGCAAUGCGCAGACCACGGACCAUGGAGAAAAGAUGAAACACAUCGCACCAGUGCAUCACGACGGUUCCACCACUGACUCUCAUCGCGCGUUGGGCGGUACGACGCCGCGUCGCCGCCGCGUCCUUUGCACAGAAGCACGACUUUCACGUGGCACAUGCCGCUCCAAUCAACUACUAUUUGCAGGCCGUAUCCGGAUACCCACGUGUAACCGACAAUUCGAAUCAAAUUUCGGCGGCGACAGACAUGGAAGCAGCGGCUCUGUACGCAGGACGACUCCAUGGCCCCUUUGUUUAUCGUCGUGGCGAAAUAGAUUGAUGUAGG